AUGAGUGGUAACACAAGCAGGUCAGGUUUGGUGCCUACGCCAAAAAAAUCUCGCAGAACUUAUCGCAGAAGAUGUUGUCACAACGACAAUUUGCCCAAGAAAUUCGAGGCUCUGCCCAUGGCCAUGUCCUUAAGGCCAUUUGGAGGCAUCUACAAUCCCUUUUCCAAGGGAUGUUCGGUUCUGUGUAAUCACCCGGCGCCGGCUGAAGUGAAACAAGUGAUUAACAAGUGCAAACAAUCAUUGACCAUUGAGGGAAAGAACAUACAGUCCUUACAAGAAUCCUCACGAAUAGAGAAACCUUGUGCUCUGCCUGAUCAAACGACUGAUAAUAUACCUGAAGACUUAUUUCGUCGUUAUACGGAUACAGAUUCCCGGCCCCUGACCCCAACUCCAACGGUUACCAGCAUUCACACUCGCACCAGCGCUGGCUCCUUUCUCAACAAUCGGCGGUGUAUAACCCCAGAAUUGGGCAAAAACGAUAUUAUCAAGCGUAAGAAAAUUAUUCUGGAUUUGCGCAAGUCUCACUCACAGGAAACCCUCUACUGGAAGCCCUCAUCGGAUUUAUCAAGUGGCUUAACCGAUCAAGAAUUCAAGACACGCAGUGCAGGAGCAAAUGAGGACAAGAAAGCCCGCAGACAAAAGUCCGAUGAACAAAGACCGAAAUCAUCAUUGGCUGCCACUACCACAAUACCGGAAGAGGAACCCUUGGAUGAGGUGAAAAAGCCACCCCAUACCUGUAUAAAUGAACAAGACUAUGGCGAUGAUGACAUACGAAGGGGCAAGAAAAGAAAGAAAAUCAAGGCGGUGGCCACUACAGCCACCACCUUUCAUUUGAGUGAGGAUCCCGAGACCCAGGUGGAGGCGCUAGGACCAGAUUCUUUAAAUCCCAGCACCAGACCCAGUCUUAUACCCAAUUCUGUGAGUCUAUUGCCCAGUAAUGAUAAAAGCGAAACAGAGCAGAUACUUUUGAAGGGAAGCUUCCUUACGGAUGAGGCUUUUCAUGCUUUGAAAAUCAAACUGAACAUAGAUGCUAUUGAGAAUACAUUCGAUAGAUAUUUAAACCGAGCCUAUAGAGAAGCCUACAAAUAUGUGGCACUGAAACCUAAAGAUCCCAACGAUGUGACCAAGGAAUUGGCAAAACUCAACCUAGUAUGCGAAAAAAUGCCCCGCAAGUUUUCAAAAUCAGCCACAAGAUUUAAUGUGCCUAUGCAACUAAAAGCCUUGGAAGAUAUGUCUGUAUGGCAUUACCUCAGUCGCUUUGUAUGGGUCUCAAGGCAGAGAAAACAAAUUUAUAAACGCAUAUUUCUCAAAUACCUCAAAGUACCCCCCCUCUCCAUGUGCCAGGAUCAGCAGGAAUCACAAACCAAGACGGCAAAUAAUGAAAUUCAGUUCCCUCUGCCCGAUUACGAAGAACGCUGUAUGAAUAUCAAACAUUUGUAUCAGGCUCUCGAGGAGGUUCUGGAGUUUUAUGGCACUGAAAAAAAUAUAAGCCGUGUUUUGCAGAUCAUAGGCUAUGACAAUUUCAAAGAUGACGAAAAUAAAGAACUGACAUUUCGCGCCUGGUGUGGUCUGGUGGCCUUUGCGGAGCGUUUAGCUCUUGAUGAUCCCAAUGGCACGGAUUCAUGUGAUGAGCUGGAAAAGGCGGAUUUUAACAGUAUGGAGUUACGGUUACAUUCAUUCGCGGUGCCACGGGACUUGCGACAAGUCUUUGAUAUAAUUCGAAACACUCAUUAUUUGAAAUGUUAA